CUAGGGCAAGGCUACUUUUGACGGCCAUAACUCAGUGUGUUUUCACCAACAUUAAAAAUUGAGUAAAGUGGUGCACACAGUACCACUGUUAAGUGCUAACCAUGAAAAACUUUUGUUUCUUUGGUUAUAUCACGGUCCUUCCUGUAUAUAACCUGUCCUUCUAAGUAGUCCUUCUUCUUCUUCUAGUCCUUCUUCUUCUUCGGCUUGUACUUUCUGUGGUUAUAUAAUGCAUUCCGUUUAUUAGAAAAUUUUCCUUUCGUUACAGCUAUCAUAAAUGCCACCGAAGGAUGCAGCCAAAAAAGGCAAGGCAGGAAAAGGCAAAGGAGCUGACCAAUCAGCAGAAUCUGCUCCACCGUUCGUUAUUCUCAAAGAGAAACUCCCCAAUGCAAACUGGUGGCCAACACUGCAUCUUGUGGUUGAAAACAGCCCGGUUGAAACUUUGUUGGUAGACUUGAUGGCUGAAGGCUUAGCAGGCAACGGUGUAGUGACUAUACAGAAACAUGACCUUAUUCGGGAGACUGAGCUGCUUGUGAACGAGCACAGAAAUGUUCGGCAGGAGCCCAAGCUUAGCAGAAGAGAAAAAGACAAAAUUGCAAAAAAGAAAGCGGAAGAAGAAGAGCAACGGAGAAAAGAAGCCGAGGAACGCGAGAAGGAAAUGGAGCGACAGCGACAAGCGGCAGAAAAGGAAGCACAAGAAAAGGGAACGACGGGGAAAGCGAGCACAGCGCUGCUGAAACAGUCAAAAAUUACUGUCCGGCUGAGCAGCGAAAAAACCGGUAUUAAGCCAGAUUCCACGCCCGUCACAGAAGCUCCGCCACCACAGCCGCGUACUUUGCUGCACGAGUUGAUUGAUGAGCUGCAGUUUCUCAAUAAAGAUGUCCCACUCAGCCAAGUCUUUAAGAACCCGACAAUGCCUAGCUUGGUCUUGAUGGUGAAGUACAAAGUUAUGAUGUUAAAGCGAUCGGACAUUGAUCUUUUCAAGAUUUCGUAUCCAAAGCACAUAAAACUGGAAUCUGUCAAACCAGCACCGGAACCGCUGGCUUCUACGGAUCACAAGAAGGGCAAAACGAAAGAACCGCAAUCUAAGGUGGGAGAUACAACGAGUAAAGCCCCUGUCGAAAAGGCAUCAGUCAUGCCAAAAGAUCAGAAAGCGAACAACACUUCCUUGCCUAAAGGAAAACCUGGUGGAGGAAAAGGUAAAGGUCAAGCUGACGAUGCUUCCGAUAGUCCGGAACCGCCGCCACUGAAAAACGGCGAAAAGGUUGUAGUGCCGUUUCACAUUAAAUGCGUUCAGCCAGCUGAUCCAAUCGGGAAUGCCCAGGAACGGGUGCGGGAAGAAAUUCCAGACAACAUUCAGCGUAUCGUACGAAAAAUUCAAGAAGGCGAGAAACAGACGGACGGUGAGGGACAAGAAAGCCAGGAUCCAGAGUUGGUGCCGAAUGCAACGCCUCAUGACAUGAAUGAUGAUACUGGAGGUGUUACAAGCUUUUUCCGGGAGCUUUUUGUGUGCAGUGCGAUAGGAACGGAAGGACUGCCGGUUCUGAAUCACUCGAAAAGUCUGCUGUACGCAACAUAUGGAACCCCGGCUUUUCCAGUCACCAAGUACCAAAUGGUUCGCUAUAUUGUUUUGUUCGGGAUCAAAGAUGUUUCAUUUCUGUCUGAAGCUGAACGACAGAAGCUGCCUGUCACCAGUGUCAUCAGCGUGCAUUGCCUUCGUCAUCGAAAUCUACCUCCCGUAAGGGCUAGUGACCUUUCAUGGAUAAAACAACCCAGCGCGCUCCUCGAAAAUUUGGACAUGUUUUGGCAAAACACUCGCGAUCUGAUCCAACAGAAGCUUGCUAAGCCUGAAUCGGGCGCUUCUGGCUUGGUUGUGGCCGUGAAGCAUGACGUUAAGCCAUGUACUACAUCGGCGGAGUACAAGGAAACGGCGAUGGCAGCUGGAUGUCUGUUAGUUGAACUGCUGCACCGCCUGGUUCAUGCCAAAGUACUUUUCAAGAUGUAUAAUGAAAGCCUCGAUCUGCAACACAUACCCAAAUGCAAGAUGAGGCGGACGGAUAACCACGAGAAUUUUCGAGCAAAGGAAGGUGCAGAGUUCUUAGACAAAGUGCAAAAACGAUUGCUGGAGCAAAGAAAUACUAAUCCCGAAGAAAGUCUAGCACUGCAGAAUUUGACAAAAAAUUUCAUAGAAGACCUUAGGCUGGAUUUGCAGAUUACAGGUGUGAUCAGCGAAACGAAAUUCAUAGAUCCAGCCCCGGAAGACGACAUGAGUUCUUGGCAGGCGAUGGAAGUUUUAUCAAGGCUGUCGAAGCCGGCUAUUCCUGAAGAGUUUCCCUUCACAGGGUCUUUGAAGACCCUGCUCAAACAGAAAGCGUUUGCACUCCAGUAUAAUAAGCGCUGGAUUGAAACUAUCUUGCACAGACUGGAAGCUGACGCUCGCCAAGAUAGGAGAAACUCACUGGCGAAUCAAACUCCGAAUUCCCUUGCCGAAAGUAUGAAAGCCUGGAAUUUAGGUACCGCAAAGGAAAUCAAGAUCCCUGACAUUUUAGAGGACGAGUGGAGGUUUAUCGCCCCGGCGUACAGUGCAGAGCACGACGAGGAUACAGAAUUGUCAGACAACGAGAACUUCACCGAACUUUGCAAGAUGCGGAAUUUUUAUGCUGUUGUGUCUUAUUCCCAAAAGCAGCUGUCGACAGAAUUGGCGCUCGCCAAUGAACAGUAUUUCCAUCACUGUGUCCGCAGAGAUACGGUGACCGGCAAUGUAUUUAUCAUAUUUUACGCUGUCAGCAACGGAUAUCCUGCCACACACAUCAGAAUCUCCGAAACACGUCUACACUGCACGGUAGAUUUUCCAACGUUCUGCUGCAACAUCAUGGAUGAAGUACAAAGUGAGAUGGAGAAGCAUGUAGACCAAACAUACCGCUGUUCAGGGCAACCGGCCAUAAAUCAGCGUUUCCCCUACGGCUGUCAAACACAAUUUGCUUAUGAUGCGGACUGUGCCGAAAAGCUGGGCACUGAAACGGUUGAUCACUUAUCGAAUUAUGAACGUAAAGGCUGUCUGAAGGCUUUCAUACGUUCGAAUAAAGAGCACUUCGCUAGACGCCAAGGAUGGAAGCUGAAGCCCGAAGAGACCGUUGUGAUGCCUCCAACUAUACCGCUUAUACCGACACCGGAACCACAGUACCUUACUGACACCGGAUGUGAAACGAAAGGGGCAAAACCGUCUGCGAAGAAAACUCCCGCCGCUGGUCAGAAGCAUGAAACCGACAAACUACCUCCUUGUCCGGUCCCAAAGAAAACACCUCAAGACGAGCCAUUUAUAUGGAACAGGGCGCUGGCACCACCAAAACCAUCGUGUGAAUUUGCGCAUCCUUCAAAAAUUCCCGCUUACCUUUUAUCAAAUUCGCUAUCGAAAAUUAAAAGAGAGGAACGUCGCAUAUACUGCUGCAACACCGUCGUCUCGAUUGAUCGUCAUGAAUUUCACGAUGGAAAGAGUGCCCUUUAUAUUUCCGCUAGUAAUAUUUAUGGAAUGAAUGCUUUUGUGUGCAUAUCGGAACAGGAAAGGUCGCUGCACUUGGAGUACGAGGAUAAAACUAGGAUUUCCGUUACCAUUGUGAAUGACAAACCACAAUUGCAGAUUCUUGAUCCGCUUGGAACGAAGACAGUUAUUGGGGAGAACGACCGUUGGUACUGUACAAUGAGCUCCUGCGUAAAAGACGCCGAAGAUGCAGUUUCUGUUACUUUGUUUGAAAACAAGGCUGUUGGACUGAUUGGCGGAAAACGUGAAGAAGCGGUAUUUCUGUCACCGAAUGGAAAUUUGAUUACUCAUAUAGAUCAGCCAGAGGACGAAAUUACAAAAUCGAUGCCGGACACUAGCAAAAGAUUCCACACGAAAUUCGAUCAUCUUGGGCACCGUAUCGGUGUCACCAUUGACGAGAAUGCGACUGUCCUGGUACGUGACGAAUCACCAAGAUCUUUGACAAAGUGUACGCAGCUGCGUUCGGGGUUGCGGAUGCAGACAUCGCAUCUGCUGGAGGGCAACGGUGAAGACAGAAUGACUUCGCACACAUAUGAAUACCCUGGGUUUCCUCGUGUGUACUGCAAUAGUUCGCAGUUCGAAACGUGGUCGUUACAUAAUGGGAUUCUUGUGUCAACCAUGGACUACAUGAAUUAUGUAAUCCUGGCGGGGGUCAACGUGGUUAUUGUUGACGCGAGUGGCGCUGUUUCGCUUACAACUCUGCCGGAGUGUUCUCAAGCGUUCCAUUUGGAAGGUGGUCCGGGCCUGAUUGGUUAUCCAUCGCACAGUCAGAUUUCUUUUGCAAAACAAGUUUGUGCGGCAAUAAAGGAAAAUCUGAACUGGCAUAGGACGUGCUCGUGGACGAGAUUUAUUUGUUGUGGCGAACGAGUGGCUGAGGUUUGGGAUCUUUCUGGUGCAAAAUAUACGGUUUCUGAAAGCGGUGAAACGAAAACAGAGUCCGCGCAAAACACGAAAGACGGAAACGAUCUACCGGCUCCGAGAAUGUUUAUUGUGAGUGAAGCAAACCGAUCUGGGAGUGAAUUCGUUUUUGGAGAGGAAGCAAUAAGCCUCAAAUACAAAGUCCUGCAUCUUAAUUCUGGGGACAGGGUCAGAGUUUCUGGUAAUGCUACCCAGAAUAUCCAAGGCAGUUUUGAAUGUGAGAUAACGGACGAAGUACAAACGGAAUGGGAAUACGAGAAACCGCAUCUGUUGCCGGAAGAAUUGUUGUCCGAUGUCAGAGCGCUGGCUGGCGCAUGGAAGAAAAAUGUAGCGGAAUCGAAGGAUGUACGUUUUCGAUUUCAUACUACGAAGUCUAGUGCGCGGUCCGAGCAAUGGAAGAAAGUUUUAUUUGUUUCAGAAGCCGCAAACUCUAAUCAAAAGUCGUAAAUUCUUUAGUAUUACUUGCGCAAUGCUCAUAUCGAAAAAAUCCCGUGUAACUAACAUAAUAGAGUGCAGAUAAAAAAUAUAAAGGUCGCAAACUAUUUAUAAUUUAAGGUUUUUGCUUUGUCGACGUAAGCAAUUGAUCUUUGUAAAGUGGUGUUAUAUGCACGUAUUAAAUAUGACCGACUAGUUUGACCGGACACAUGGUAAUCUUCGGUCUGUCUACAGACCAUUUAUGUGCGUAUAUUCACUCA